AUCUUAUCUCUGAUAUGGAAGUAAUUGUUAAUUUAUGUUUUUUAUAAAAAAUUUAAAAUGUAUCGCCUAUAAGCACUUAAGUAAUUAUCUAGAACGUUUGUAUCUCAACAACACGUUUAGAUUUUUCGUUUAGAUAAUGGAAAAGUAAUUGAGAAUUAAGGUAUAUAUAUAUCGAUGAAUAAAAUAAAAUUUUAUUCAUCAAAAUGCAUUCUUUAUUAGCAAUCUCGUGCGUUUUUAUUUGUCUUGCAACUAGUUUUGCAUUCCAUGUGAAAAAUGACACUCCAUACACAUUUAAACAAGGCGAAAAAGAGUUUUUGUUAAAUCCGCAAAAAAUGACCUUCAGCGAAGCAAAUGACUACUGCAAGAGCGUCAAUCUUGAAUUGGCAGCUAUAGAAUCCGCUGCUGAAGAUGAUAAAAUAUUCUACGCUUUGAGUUAUUUAGGACUUUUUCCAGCUCCCAAGGCAUUUUGGACAGCAGGAACCAAACUAGCAAGUACAAACAAGUGGGUAUGGUUAACCACCAAUAAAGUUAUUGGGUAUUUCAAUUGGGGUGAUGGUGAACCAAGCAACAAGGAUGGUAACGAGUUUUGUAUAGCAACGCAUCCUGAUAAUUAUUACAGCACUGGUUAUUGGACUGCUACUGAUUGCAAUUCAUUAGCCUUCCCAAUUUGUCAAACAGUUUCUCAAAAUUAAAUAUUUUUCACGUACCUGUUAAAAUAAAUGGAAAUAAAUAAUUAAACCAAAA